CACUACCCGCCUCCUCCUCCCUUUCAUUUUUAUUUAAAAAUUAUUAUAUUUACUUUUACCGGGAAGAGGAUCUGCGAUAAUCCCACCCGUCGCCGGAUGUUCGGGCCCGGAGACGGCGCUGGGGAGCGAGGGGCACCCAGCCCAUGGCCGCCGCUGUCAACCCAGGUGCAGAAAUGGCUUCGGAGAUCGGAGGGCCGCUGGGUGUGCCGGUGACAGGAAGAGCUGGAGCGGUGACACAGCCUCAGUCCAGUGGGAGCAUCGUGUCUCGAGCAACAAAAAGACACCCAGGACUCGAUUUUGAUGAUGACGAUGAUGGGGAGAGCAGUAGCAAGUUCCCAAGGUGUGAUGACGAUCAAGGGCCCAACGACAAAGAGAGAUUUGCAAGAGAGAACCACAGCGAGAUCGAGCGGCGCAGGCGGAACAAGAUGACAGCGUACAUCACAGAGCUGUCGGACAUGGUGCCCACCUGCAGCGCCCUGGCCCGUAAACCGGACAAGCUGACCAUCCUGCGCAUGGCCGUGUCCCACAUGAAGUCGCUGCGGGGCACAGGCAACACCUCCGCUGACGGCACUUACAAGCCCUCCUUCCUCACGGACCAGGAGCUGAAGCACCUGAUCCUGGAGGCCGCGGACGGGUUCCUCUUCGUGGUGGCGUGCGAGACGGGCAAGAUAAUCUACGUCUCGGACUCGGUCACCCCGGUCCUCAACCAGCCGCAGACAGAGUGGUUCGGCAGCACCCUGUACGACCAGGUCCAUCCGGACGACGUGGACAAGUUGCGGGAGCAGCUCUCCACCUCGGAGAACGCGAUGACAGGUCGGAUUUUGGACUUGAAGACGGGAACUGUGAAAAAGGAAGGGCAGCAAUCCUCGAUGAGAAUGUGCAUGGGCUCCCGGAGAUCGUUCAUCUGCCGAGUGAGGUGUGGGAAUGCAACCGAGGAUCCAGUGUCCAUGAAUAGACUCAGCUUCCUGAGGAACCGAUACAGGAACGGACUAGGCCCAGUCAAAGAAGGAGAGACUCAGUAUGUGGUGGUGCAUUGUACAGGUUACAUAAAAGCCUGGCCACCUGCGGGUGUGACACUUCCUGACGAUGAACCAGAAGGGCAGGGAAACAAGUUUUGCCUGGUAGCUAUCGGACGAUUACAGAUCACCAGCUCGCCGAACUGCGUGGACAUGAAGGGCAACAGUGUGCCCGUCGAGUUCCUAUCUAGGCACAGUCCCAAUGGGGUCUUCACCUUCGUCGAUCACCGCUGCCUGGGCACCAUCGGGUACCAGCCUCAGGAGUUGUUAGGAAAAGACAUUGUAGAGUUUGCUCACCCAGAAGAUAAGGGACUCCUACGCGACAGUUUUCAGCAGGUGAUCACGUUGAAGGGGCAGGUGCUGUCGGUCAUGUUCCGGUUCCACGCCAAGAACCGGGAGUGGGUGGUAAUCCGGACGAGCAGUUUCACCUUCCAGAACCCCUAUUCCGACGACAUCGAGUACAUUGUCUGCACCAACACGAACGUCAAGCAUCUGCAGCAGCCUCCUGCCAUCACUGGGCAAGAAGAAUUAACUUACGAGCACCCACAGGUUGUGGUUCAGGCUGCAGCAUCAGAACACACCAAACCCAUCAACAAAGCAGAGUCCCUGUACAGCAGGGAGGCUGACCCACGGUACACCGAAAUCUACUCGGCCAUUCCCACAGCUGCUGACCAGAGUAAGGUGGUCCCCUCCACACCGGGCACUGGGAGCCAGCAGAUUUACCAGCAGGGGAGCUCCUUCCCAUCGGCACGGCCAGCACAGAACUUCAGUGCCACCAUGGCCCCUCCGGUGAACAUCGUUCAGCAGCCAGCGUCAGCAGGACAGAUCCUGGCUCAGAUCUCGCGGCAGUCGGCCAGCGGUCAGGUUACUGGAAACACGUGGAGUGGAAGCCGGCCACCAUUCCCUGCGCAGCAGAUGUCAUCCCAGGGGACAAAGACGCAGUCGCCUCCGUUUGGCAUGGGAGCCAGCCGCAGCUUCACAGCCAACACCACUCCCUUCAGCCCCCUCACCAGCCCUGUAGCCACGUCCUCGGCCGGAGGCACUGCCUACCCCUCCCUCGCCAACCGCAACUCUGCUUUCGCUGAGGCCGGACAGACAAGCGCGCAGUUCCAGACGCGGCCUGCAGAUGGAGCCUCGGUGUGGCCGCAGUGGCAGGGCCAGCAUCACUCGCAAGCGUCCAGCGAGCAGCACUCCCAGCAGAGCCAACCCGAGGUGUUUCCGGAUAUGCUGUCCAUCUAUGAGGAACAGGGAACCAGUUACAACAGCGAUGAGUUCUCUGAGCUCCCCAUAUUCCCCUCGUUCUCGGAGUAACCUGAACCUGCCAGAAAAGAAACGUGUAUCGCCAAGUCACAUCGGUCCUUCCCUCCCGUCCCCUAACCCCUGUGAACAUUUUAUUUGUGACUAUGCGCCGAUUAGUAUCUUGGCGAAUUUAGUCCCAUGGCGUAACACAUCUCGCUCUCUCCACCGACGCACAUUAGCAGCAGUGUGUGUACCAUCUAUAAGAUGCACUGCAGCAACUCACGAAGGCUCAGUAGACAGCGCUGCCCAAACCCACAACCUCUACCACCUAGAAGGACAAGGGCAGCAGACACAUGGGGAACACCACCACCUGGAAGUUCCCCUCUGAGCCACUCACCAACCUGACUUGGAAAUAUAUCGGCCGUUCCUUCA